CAACGAUUCGCGGUUGCCACAAGGAAGGCGAAGCCACGGAGUUUGCCGGUGUCCGCCACAUUCCAAAUACGCCAAAACACCCAUCCAGGAUCGUGCAUCGCGAGUGUGCUCGGCGUACACCAAGUUUCCGUCAAGACUUUAAAAUUUCACGAUGGGUAGGGUUAUCAGGGCUCAGAGGCGCUCGCACGCUAUCUUCAAGUCGCACACCCACCACAGGAAGGCCCCUGCCCAGUACCGCGCCCUCGACUACUCUGAGCGCAAUGGUUACAUGCGGGGGAUAAUCAAGGAGAUCAUCCACGAUCCUGGCCGUGGUGCGCCUCUCGCCCGCGUCGUCUUCCGCGACCCCUACCGCUACAAGCUCCGCCAGGAGACCUUCAUCGCCACCGAAGGCAUGCACACGGGCGCCUUCGUCUACGCCGGCAAGAAGGCGACGCUCGCCGUCGGCAACGUCCUCCCGCUCUCGCAGUGCCCCGAGGGUACCAUCGUCUGCAACGUCGAGGAGAAGGUCGGCGACCGCGGCGCGCUCGCGCGCACGUCCGGCAACUACGCGACCGUCAUCGGCCACUCGCCCGAGGAGAACAAGACGCGCAUCCGCCUGCCCAGCGGGUCGAAGAAGACCGUGUCUGGCAGCGCGCGUGCGACGAUUGGGAUCGUCGCUGGUGGUGGACGUAUUGACAAGCCCUUGCUCAAGGCUGGUCGGGCGUACCACAAGUACAAGGCCAAGCGUUACAACUGGCCCCGUACUCGUGGUGUUGCUAUGAACCCCGUCGACCAUCCUCACGGUGGUGGUAACCACCAACAUAUUGGUAAGGCGUCCACGAUCGCCCGCUCUGCCGUCCCUGGUCAGAAAGUCGGUCUUAUUGCUGCUCGCCGGACUGGUCUGUUACGUGGUACCGUCAAGGUCAAGGAUGUGUAAGGGACUGUCAGAGAUGGAUCUCUUCACUUACUCCUUACCAUGCUUUCGCUACCCGUCGCUUACAAAACUCAUUGUAUGCAACGACUUGCAUAUGCGUUCACGCUCAUGCCCCAUGCUAUGCCGCUCUGCAAUCCAGACUUGUACUUGCCUUGCUGUGGCUGAUGUAUUUCUGAGUGAAUCAAGGUCGAAUGGGAUCUGGAUCGAACUUAC